AGGACGUCGAGGCACUUUUAAUCACAGUCGGCACAGCAAAACAUUUAAAGAAGAGAAGCCAUGAGGAAACACUGUGCGAUCAAACAUGGAAUACUUAAGGAAUUCCUGGCAGAAUUCCUUGGGACCUUUGUUUUGGUUUUGUUUGGUUGCGGCUCAGUUGCCCAGACAGUCCUCAGUCGAAACUCUUUGGGUGAGCCGCUCACCGUACACAUCGGCUUCUCUGUAGGACUGAUGAUGGCCGUUUACGUGGCCGGUGGAGUAUCAGGAGGCCACGUAAACCCUGCCGUGUCUCUGGCCAUGGUGAUCCUCGGCAAACUCAAGAUCUGGAAGUUUCCUUUCUAUGUCAUUGCUCAGUUUCUUGGUGCAUUUGCUGGAGCUGCUGCUGUAUUUGGAUUAUACUACGAUGCGUUCAUGGACUUCACCAGCGGGAUUUUGUCGGUGACAGGAAUCAAUGCCACCGGUCACAUUUUCGCAUCUUACCCAGCGAGACACCUCUCGAUUCUUGGCGGAUUCAUUGAUCAGGUGGUGGGAACUGGCAUGCUGGUUCUUUGCAUUCUGGCCAUCCUUGAUGGAGGAAACAUUGGUGCUCCUAAAGGUGUGGAGCCACUGGCCAUUGGGCUGAUCAUCAUGGCCAUUGGGGUAUCCAUGGGACUGAACUGUGGUUACCCCUUGAAUCCUGCCAGGGACCUUGGGCCCAGACUGUUCACAGCUGUGGCCGGAUGGGGCAUGGAGGUCUUCAGCACGGCAGGCUACUGGUGGUGGAUCCCAGUAGCUGGGCCUAUGGUAGGAGCUGUGGUCGCGGCCGUCCUGUACUACCUGCUCGUCGAGCUUCACCACCCCCGCGUGGAAGCCGAGAAGCCUCAUGAGGAGGAGGGUGAGGAGGACGAGGAGGAGGAAGAUGAGGAGGAUGAGGACUGCAGUCUAAAGGACAAAUAUGAGAUGAUCACUAUGAGUUAAAAAGAGUAUUUCCUCCUGUCUCACUUCUACAGAGAUAAUUCUUUAAUCUGCUCGUGUUUAAACGUGACCUCAUUAAAAAGUAAUGACCAUUUUGAAUUGAUGAGUUGUAAAUAUUGUAUUCUAGUAGAUAUGGCAAGCAUAAUAAUCUCCUCCAUCCCCUUCAUAUUUGCUCCUGUUGGUGUGCUUUUUUUAAACUUUGUUUUUUGUGUGUAUUAUGUUGUUAAGCAAACCAGAUUUAUUCCUGUUGCUUAUUUAAAUUAAAAUGUCGUUUAUUUAAAAAAAAAUAUAUAUUUUACAUCUAAUGGGGGGGUUAUAUCCCACACCAGUUGCACGAGAAUUGAAGUCAAUAAUAUAGAAAUCCCUGCAAUACUUCCUAGGAAGGUUUUUAUAAUACAAUAUAUAUAAAUUAGUAUGGGUAUGUGGGCAGCAGCAGCUUGAGGGUGCAGAUUGAAAAUCGAUGCAGGCCACAUUCCAUUGCUUGUGCAAAUGAUGUCAAGGCCUGGCACACUCUCCUUUCCUGGUUGAUCAUUACAUAACAUAAAGAUGUUCAUGGAGAAUAUAAAUACAUGUCCACCACAGUUCCAGGAAAGGUGGGUUCAAUUCCGUCUCCACACCUUCCUGUGUGGAGUUUGCAUGUCCUGCUUGGGUUUCCUCACACUACCAGUUAAUACAACGUUUAUCAUUGUGGCUGCUGCUUUGUUUUUGCUUAGAUAAUAAAACCCUAGAAAAAAAAAAGUGAUUAUCUACAGAGAGAGCAUCUGACAGUAAACAGUGGUCUAUUUUAUUGAAUGAGCUGUUUAAUUAAUGCAUUUCAAGUACUCCAAAAAUUACAUCUCUUUACACAAUACAAUUGAAUUUUUGUUUUGUUUUUUAGUAAAAAUGUUCAAAGUUAACAAAAAUUUCCAAUACUGUAUAAAACACAGUGAACAUUAAAAUCAGACAGUAGUAUUACUUUUUAAUCGUGUGUUCUUUUGGCCUACAUCACCUACAACAUUUCAAAAUUAAUUUGGACAUUGCAGUGCACGUUUAUCUAAAACUUUUUUUUUUCCCCAAAUCAAGACUACGAAAUGAAAAGAAAAGAAAUUUACAGGCAUUAUUCUUCUGCUCUUCUAGCCAAACCAUGCCACAGGAUAACAAAGACUAAAAUGAGAAUGUCACAUUAAAUCCAUCACACUCAAUUGUUUUUAUAUCAUUGAUGACAGUGGAGAAAAAGUAUCAUAAACAAACUCCAGUUGAACUAGCACAUACAAAAACAUAAAUAACUUAAAAGAGAUUUUGUCACAUAUGAACAUCUUUGAAUUGGAAUAAAAUAUUUUUUUUUUGUAAAGAAAUCAGCAGAUGUAGCAAAAUGUAAUUUUUUCAAUGAAAUGCAAAUUUUCAAAGUACUGUACAAGUUUACAUGUUAGAUUCUGGAGCCAAGAAUGACUUUUUUUCUUUUUUAAAUCCACUUUUUUGUUGUACAGACAUAAGCCUGAUUCAUCAUCAUGUGACAGACAUCAACUGUGACACUUUUCCUCAUCCCAUCCGCAGCAAAACGUAGGAUUAUCCCAACCCUCAGGACAGUGUUGUAAGACAUUACUUGUGAUUUGAACUGCAUGCACUCAAAACAGAAUUAAGAAACUCAAUUCAGA